AGCUGAUGCUAUCGAUCACUUAAUUGUUUACAACUUCCUUCGCAAUGUUUACAACGUAAGCAGUCCGCGUAUAAUUAGCUAAACAGGCGAGAGCAACUGGAUGAAAUGAGGAUCGCGGCCCGCUGACUGAACCAACCCAACCUCCUAGACCCACUCUCGCACCCAAAUGUUGCCUACGUACGAGCGCUUUAGCGACCCGAAGAGCGUCUUCUUCCGACUACCCUUCGCCCGGCUGGCGCUUACCGCUCUAAGCCUGCCCCUAGGCGGCUUCCUCUUCUGCGUGGCCUGGUCCCUGGCCUUUGACUUUGUACGGAGCACCUAUACCCACUGCGAUGUGGCCAACUAUCUGCCCUCUGUGUCGGCGGCCAUUGGGAACUAUGAGCCUCAGCGGACGGUCUGGCGGCUGGCCAUCUUCCUGCACUUGCCGCUCCGGCUGGCUGUGGCCAAGAUGUACCUGGAGCACUAUCGCGAGCACAUCAGGCGCAGCCGACGGUUGCUGGGCGUCCUGGCCUGCUGCCUGAAUGUGGUAGAGGACCUCGCCCUAUUCUGCCUCUCCUUUUGGACGUCGGCGGAUCACUAUGAGACGCACCGGAACGCCUUCGUGGUGUUCAUAGCCUGCUCCGAGUGCUACAUGCUUGUCUCGUAUCUGUUAAAUAGGAAUGCCCGGAAAGCGGUGCUUCUGCCGCACGAGGAGAAGUCGCUGAGGUACAAGAGAAACCUCUUUCUGGUGAAUGUGGCGGCCUUUGGACUGGCGGGAUAUUGCUUCGUCAGGCACAAUUCGCAUUGCGAGGCGGGAGUCUACACCUUCUUCGCUCUGUUCGAAUACGUUGUGGUGCUGACCAACAUGGGCUUUCACAUGACCUCCUACUGGGACUUCCACGCCCUCAACGUUGUGUGCGACGCUAAGCACGGCCUUUACCUAUCACAGUUCUAAGAGAUCUUACCCCAGCCCAGCUAACAUCCAGCCAGUCGCCCCAAGCUGCGGCCUAUCUUCGAGUAUUCUGUACAUACGCGGUAUUAGCUUAAGCUCAAAGUUUACUUAAUUUUUCCAAAUGGAUUCCGUUGCCGAAAACGAUGGAGUAUGACAGGACACGCUUUUAGUUAAGGCUCUGUAUCUAUUCUCUUAAUUGGUUCAAUUUUCGCAAUUCGAUAUUUUCUUUUCUUUAAUUAUUUGUAAGCUAGAAAAGUUAGAUAAAUUCAGUAUGAAGUAAAGUGCAUUAUUUAUACAAGAUUUAGUUAGGCAAAACGUUAAA